AUGGCAGAAGCGCUCGAGACUUCCAGUCCAGCCACCCUGGCUUUGGCCAAGGCAAACGCUACUACCAUGAUGAAGAAAUCUUCUCCUUUGAAGAGGACAGCUUGGGCCGCCUCUGACUCUCUCCAAUCCAUGCUUGCCAUGAAGCAUUUGGAGCUAGUCAAGGCCAAGAAAGCUGUGGUAGAAUCGGAAGAAGACAAUGUCUCCUUCCCUUCCAUUGGAUGGAACCUCGAUGAGGACCUCACUGCACCCAUCGGCAGUGUCAGCCCCAUCAAUCCUCUGUCCGAAGCCCUUGCCCUCCUCAAGGAGACCGAAGCCCCCCAGCCGCAAGCCAAGCGCCGCCGCAUGGGUGAACCUUCAGGCAUGGUCCGCUCCAAGGCUAUGACGAGCCAACUGUCGUCCCUAGUCCACAGCUGCUCCCACGAGUCCAAGUUCUCUACCCUCAAGCCCCUUCCCAAAUUCAUGAUUGGAAACUGGGGAAGCAUCGUCACCGCCCGCGAAGUCACCAGUGAUUUGGCCACCUGCUCCCUCAAGACCACAUCUGCCUUUGUCGAUACCACCAACAGUCUUCUCGCUGUACAUGCAUAA